GCGCAGUUUGCGGAGCUCUUCCUGAGAAAAAGCGGCGGAUACCCUGACGGCUGCGUCAGUACGUCCAGCGGGGGAGGGCCUCGCCCGGCUCUACGCCACUUGUGUGCGACGGCGCCUGCGCCGGACACCAUGCUGUCAGCCGGCCGGCGAGGUCUGGUCCUCCUCCGGCUGCGGCGCCCCAGGAGGUGGCUAGGGCUCGGAGCUUCUACGUUCCUGCGGGGCCUUGAGCGAGAGCUCUUGGAGACAGCCCGGUCACUGUGUUGCGAAUCCUGUCCUAGAGACGCACGAGACGGAGAGGGACGACGCGAAGCGUCACGGAGGAAAGCCCCCAGCACAGAGCCUCCAUCUCUCCCUCUGCGCGUCCAAGGCACUGGGAUCAGAUGUCUUUCCUCACUGGAGGUCCUCAGACAGACGACGUCGCAAGAGGAGUCACCCUCUCAAGAGCGCGAAGACUCGAGCGGACACCAGGGCCAGCCCGGUCCCGUCCACCAGGGUUCCGGGGGUCCCUUGCCCGCCUCCAUGGCCCAGUCCGUGACUGGGGUAGAAGAGCUUCCUGGCUCCUCUUCCUACCCAGCUUCCAGGGAGGGGUCCUUUCGCGCUGGGGAGCUGAUCUUAGCUGAGACUGGGAAGAGAGAAACACAAUUUAAAAAGUUAUUUAGGUUGAGUAACGCCGCACUAAAUAGUAGCUGGGGGAGAGUCCCAUUCUGCGAGAUCGUGGGAAAGUUUCCCGGCCAGAUACUGACGACGACUUCUGGUAAGCAGCUCAUGCUGAGGAGGCCGGCACUGGAAGACUAUGUAUUACUGAUGAAAAGAGGGCCUGCCAUAACGUAUCCUAAGGAUAUGAGUAUGAUACUGUUGAUGAUGGAUAUCCACCCAGGGGAUACUGUUUUGGAAGCUGGCUCAGGCUCUGGUGGAAUGAGCUUAUUUUUAUCCAAAGCAGUUGGAUCACAAGGACGAGUCAUAAGUUUUGAAGCACGAAAAGACCACCAUGAAUUGGAGAGGAAUUAUAAAAACUGGUGUGAUUCAUGGAAAAUGAGUCAUGUAGAUGAGUGGCCAGACAAUGUGAAUUUUAUUCAUAAGGAUAUUUCAGGAGCAACCGAAGACAUAAAAACUUUAACAUUUGAUGCGGUAGCUUUGGAUAUGUUGAAUCCUCAAGUUGCUUUGCCUGUUUUAUACCCAAAUCUUAAACAGGGUGGUGUGUGCGCUGUAUAUCUAGCCAACAUCACACAGGUUAUUGAGCUUUUAGAUGGAAUUCGCAUCUGUGAACUUGCUCUCUCAUGUGAAAAGAUAAGUGAAGUAAUUGUUAGAGAUUGGUUGGUUUGCCUUGCAAAACAGAAAAAUGGAACUUUAGCUCAAAAAAUAGAACCUAAAAUCAACACAGAUUUACAAUUACAUUCUCAAAAGAAAAUCAGAAUUGAAGGUGAGAUGUUUCAAGAGGAUGACACUGAAGAAUCACAUUCUGAUUUUCCAUAUGGAUCAUUUCCCUAUAUUGCUAGACCUAUACACUGGCAAACUGGUCAUACAGCUUUUCUUGUCAAGCUGAGGAAGUUUAAACCACAACAUAACUGAGUACCUCAGAUGACAGCAAGUGAUUUGAAGAUGGAAAAGUGUCAAGUAUAUUGUGAAUCACUACUUUCAUAAGUUGGAAUUAUUAGCUGUCACUAUGAUUUGUAUAACUUUUACAUAUAAUUUUGAAAAACAAAAGCUAAAGGAAGAUGUGUAACAUUUCAAAACUGUUUAAAUGUCCCAUUUUGACACUUGUCUUGUAGUUUAUUAGACAUUUUGUAGUUAAUGAUUCCAAGUUGGUUUAGUUGAGCCAUCUCAUUCUUCACUUCCUGUAAACCACUCCAUUGAUUUGUCUUUCUUCAUAAAAUUAGUUUUCUUUUCUUUCUUUGAUUGAUGGUCAUUGGCUACCAAAAUAAAAUAUGCAUUUUAAGAUAAAU